AUGACACGUCGUAAAGGAUCUGUUCUCACUGACGUGGAGAAUACACGUUACAAAGUACCGAAGAAGAUGAGCAGCAAAGAGAUUCAGGAGAGAGUAGCCGAACGCACCGCGCAGAGAGCAGCGCGCGUCAAGACCAUCGUGGAAGAGGCUGAAGCACUCAACAAACAGGCAAGGUAUACGCUUGCGGAGUCCGCUGCAGACGACGCUCUAUGCAAGGAUCCCUUGUACCAUAAGGCCCGGUACAGACGAGGUUUGGCGAGAAAGGCUUUGGGUUUGUAUAGGGGUGCCAUCUUAGACUUCCAAACAGUCCUUACACAAGACCCCGGGUGCACCGCGGCACAGACAGAGCUCGAUCUUUGUAAGAGCCUCUUUGAAUCCGACGAGGACGAUGUGGUCGAUUCAAGUAUCACGCCCGAGGACGAUGCCUGGCCGCCCUUGCUGGAGACGUUGGACAAAGAGUGGGACUGCGGUUCCAAUUCCAGCGAGUACAACCACUCGGGAAACGACAUACCGUGCAGGUACUAUAACCGCGGGGCGUGCACGCGGGGGCAGCACUGUGCGCACUCACAUGCGCCGGACUAUAAGAGCGUGCGGGACCUGAUGGGGAGGAACGUCUGUCUGUCCCAGCUCAUGGUCAAAUGCAGGUUCGGCCCCGACGCGUGCGAGUACUGCCACGUCCUCAGCGCGCUCCCCGAUGACUGGAAGUUACUACAGAAAGACAAGCGCAAGUUCUCCUCGUUCCAAGAGGCGUACGAUCUGUGCUCCCGAUUUCAGCAAAGGACCCGAGGGUCCUUCCGAAAUUCGUGA